AGAUGAAAAUAUGGACAUUUGCUUAAGAAACGCUUCUCCUUCUUCCUCUCUCCCUUUCUGUCCCCUUUCACACUCGCUUCACACACUAAAUCUACUCACAAAUCUAUGAUCAGAUCUUGAUUCUAUACUUCCCAAUCUUCAAUUUCUGCUUUAUCACAAUCCUCUCAAAAUCAAUGGGGCAUAUCAAUCUCACUUCACCCAAGCAACGCAACAUUCCCACCCGAAAAUGGCAACUUCUCGACUUCGUAUCCAUGGUCUUCUUCGCCGUCGUAAUCCUCUUCUUUCUCCUCAUAUUUACCCCUCUCGGUGACUCCCUUGCCGCCUCUGGUAGCCAAGCUUUGAUCCGUUCCAACACCGCCGAUCCAAAGCAACGCCACCGACUCAUUGCUCUGGUUGAAGCCGGUAAACAUCCGCAAAUUGAAUCAUGCCCUGCCGACACUGUGGAUUACAUGCCCUGUGAAGAUCCGACCAGGAACAGUCAGCUUAGCAGGGAGAUGAAUUUCUACCGGGAAAGGCAUUGUCCGUCGCCGGAUGAGACGUCGUUGUGCUUGAUCCCUGCGCCUCAAGGUUAUCAUGUCCCGAUUCAAUGGCCUGAGAGCUUACACAAGAUUUGGCAUGAAAACAUGCCAUAUAACAAAAUAGCAGACAGGAAAGGUCAUCAAGGAUGGAUGAAAAAAGAUGGUCCAUACUUCAUCUUUCCAGGUGGUGGCACUAUGUUUCCAGAUGGAGCCACACAAUACAUUGCAAAACUCAAACAAUACAUUCCUAUUUCUGGUGGGGUCCUAAGAACAGCUCUUGAUAUGGGAUGUGGGGUUGCUAGUUUUGGAGGUCACCUACUAGAAGAAGGCAUCUUGACACUCUCUUUUGCUCCAAGAGAUUCACACAAAUCACAAAUACAAUUUGCUUUGGAAAGAGGAAUUCCCGCUUUUGUUUUGAUGCUUGGCACUCGCAGACUUCCUUUUCCUGCAGCUUCAUUUGACUUAAUGCACUGCUCUCGUUGUUUGAUCCCUUUUACUGCAUACAAUGCAACAUAUUUUCUGGAGGUUGACCGAUUACUACGCCCUGGUGGAUACCUAGUCAUCUCUGGCCCACCUGUACAAUGGCCCAAACAAGAUAAAGAAUGGGCUGAUCUUCAAGCAGUCGCUAGAGCAUUAUGCUAUGAGUUAAUUGUUGUAGAUGGGAAUACUGUUAUCUGGAAAAAACCCAUUGGUGAUUCAUGUCUACAGAAUCAAAAUGAAUUAGGGCUUGAAUCUUGUGAUGAGUCUGAUGACCCAAGUUCUGCAUGGUAUGUGAAGCUGAAAAAAUGUGUGAGUCAGACGACUGUUAUAAGAGAAGAAAUUGCUGUUGGGACAAUUCCAAAGUGGCCACAAAGGCUAAAACAAGCUCCAUCAAGAGCUACAUUGAUUAAAAAUGGAUAUGAUAUAUUUGAAGCUGAUACACGAAGAUGGGAAAGGAGGAUUUUUUAUUAUAAAAACUCAUUAAACCUAAAAAUUGGGACUCCUGCAGUGCGAAAUGUGAUGGAUAUGAACGCGUUUUUUGGAGGGUUUGCUGCUGGAUUGACUUCUGAUCCUUUGUGGGUGAUGAAUGUUGUUGCAGAUAAAAAGCCUUCAACUUUAGGUGUGAUUUAUGAUCGAGGUCUAAUUGGUGUUUAUCAUGAUUGGUGUGAACCUUUUUCAAGUUACCCUAGAACUUAUGACUUCAUCCAUGUGGUUUCCAUUGAAUCCCUCAUUAAAGAUCCUGUUACUGGAAAGAACAGAUGUAAUCUUGUGGAUGUAAUGGUGGAAAUGGACCGAUUAUUACGACCUCAAGGAAGCGUUGUAAUCCGUGAUUCCCCGGAAUUGCUCACAAAAAUCAAUAGAAUUGCUGAUUCCGUAAGAUGGAAAUCCACCAUACAUAAUAAAGAACCGGAAUCACAAGGAAGAGACAGAAUCUUGGUGGCUACAAAACCUCUUUGGACAUUAACUUCAUCUUCACAUUGACACGUAUUUUGUGAGAUAUUAUAGGUAUUAUUAAUUCUCUUUAAAAUUCAAUCUUCUUUUUUUAUGCUUCAAUUCACAACCUUUUUUCUUGUUUUUUUGUUGGGUAAUAGUGUUAUAUGUUAGAAACGUGAAGAAAAUGUAUGAAAAAAUGGAUAGUGGUAAAUGGUAAUGUCUGUUUAGAUAAUUUAUAAAGUUAGUGUAUUUGUUUGUGAUACGUUAUAUGUAACAAAAUACUUAACUAGGAAAUAAGUAUAAGUUUAUCCA